ACCUACUAGGGUAAAGUCGGAUAAAGCGUACCGCCGGGUAAAUCGUACCACCACUGUUUUCAAGAGAAUUAUUUACUACCCGUGGCAUCUCUUGGCAAAAUCCAAAAGCUUUGAGGAUUAUAUUUUUCCCGCCCAAGCUAAUAAUUGCCGCUCACUUCACCCUGUCAGUCAGUUUGAGGUUAAAUUAAGAGCAGUGUUGUUGAUGUUAUUUUUUGCUCCGGUUCAUAAGCUUUUUUCUUACAUUUGGAAUUCAAAAAAGAAGAUGAGUAAAGUAAAUAAUAAGAAAAAAACAAAACGGGAAUACCUACUGUGGAUGGACCUCAGAAGAUAUGGAUCAUGCAAUUAAUGCAUACAAACAAAACCAAUGUGGUUUUAAUGAAUGCUGCAGGCGCUAUAACAUUCCAAAGCCAACUUUUAGAAGGCAUUUGCGCUCUUUAAAUAAAAAGGCAAAUGAAAAUGUCAAGUCUUUGGGUCGUCACACAACCUUCAGUCCUGAAACUGAAAUGGAAUUGGCAAAACAUAUUUUGAAGCUGGAAGAAAGAUUUUUUGGUGUAACAAUUCGGGAUGUUAGACGAUUGGCUUUCCAAAUAGCUGUACGGAAUGAUAUUCCACAUCGCUUCAACAUCAACAAAGAAAUGGCGGGAAAAGGAUGGUAUUAUUCUUUUAUGAACCGACAUCCUGAACUGUCACUAAGGCAACCAGAGAAAAUCUCCAUGGCUAGAGCAACUGGAUUCAACCAAAAAAACGUCCAUGAGUUUUUUGAUAUCUUAGAAAGAUGUGUUGAUGAAAACUGUUUUACGGCUCAAACAACUUAUAAUGUUGAUGAAAGUGGAUUUUCAACUGUUCAAAAACGGAAUCAAAAAAUAAUUGCACAUUGCACGUAGAGGAAAGCACCAAGUUGGAGGUAUAGCAAGUGGUGAGAGGGGCGUAAAUACCACAGUUGUCGUUUGUGCCAGUGCUACCGGUCAAACUGUACCACCCAUGAUCAUUUUCAAGAGAAAACGUAUGGCUCCAGAGCUAACCAUAGGUGCAAUAUCUGGCACUAUUGUUACAAUUUCAGAUACUGGAUAUAUAAAUAACGAACUUUUUAUUAAAUGGUUAAAGCACUUCAUUGAGUACGUAAAACCAAGUACCGAAAAAAAAGUUUUGCUUUUGCUGGAUGGCCACACAACGCACUCAAAAAAUCUGGAAGCACUCAUUUUAGCAAAAAUGCAUGGAAUUGUACUACUGCAACUUCCUGGCCAUACUACAAAUCGGUUACAGCCAUUAGACGUAAGCUUUUUUAAACCUAUGGAAUCCUAUUUUUCUCAAGGUAUUGAAACAUUUUUGAGAAGCAAUCCUGGUAACACUGUUACUCAAUAUAACAUGACUGGAUUGCUCUCUGAUGCCUAUGCAAAAACUGCAUCAAUAAGCAACAUCAUGGGUGGUUUUAAGAGAACUGGAAUAUGGCCGGUUGACCGUACUGUAUUUUCUGAUGCAGAUUUUAUCGCAGCUAGCGACUUGCUUGAAAAUGAUUCAGAAACAGCAAGGGAGGAUUUAGGGGCAAUAAAUCCACGUGAAACGACUAUUGAGCCUGAAGACGAAGCUACUGAGCGACCAGUUAAAAGUAAUAGUACUAAACUAAACAACAAUUGCAACUCAACAGAUCUGAAUACCUCCAUUGAAGAAAUUUAUCCUUUACCUGAGAAUAAAGGUAAUGCUAAGAAAAGAAAAUUGUCUCAACCAGCCGUCAUUUUAAGCAGUACGCCCUAUAAAGAUGAAUUGGAGGGCAAGCGUAAUCAAAGGCAGAACUCAAUUAAAAAAGUAAAGAAAAAUCUCGGGCUUUCUUCUACUUCCCUUUUCGAAGCACGUGACGACCAAUCUUCCACUUCAAAAUCUGAUGUAGUAAAUGCUCAAAGUGAAUAUGAUACUACUGAAUGGUACUGCCAUAUAUGUGAAGAGAACAUUAUUGAGGAUAUGGUGAAAUGUGAGAAAUGGGCCCACACAUCAUGUGCAGGAACUAAAAAGCAAAUAAAAAAAUAUGUGUGUGAGAACUGUAAAUAAAAAGUUAGUGGUACGAUUUAAAAACCGACGGUACGAUUAAACCAACCUGUUCGCUUAAUCGUACCGUUUGCAAGCAUUUUUAUUUUUGUAUUUUUUUUGCUUAAGAUGUUGUUUGAUUUAGUUAAACUCUUGAUUAAGGAGAAAAUAAAUGUUUAUAUUUGCUUGUGUGCUAAUAUGAAUGCUAAAGAGUUUAAUUUCUGAGUACAGUGGUCAAUUAUUUAAAAAUCGGUACGAUUUACCCUACUCUACCCUACAAAAUGGUGGUACAUUUAAUAAUACCUGAAUACAUUGACAUUUGACUUGAUAAUUCGAAUAAACAUGUUGAGUUCAGCUUAGAAGAU